UAUGACCAUAACCAAUAAUUUUUAUAGUGACUGGUAUACAGUUAGAAAUGAUUACUUCGAAUAGCUUUAUAGCAUCCUAUUUUCAUAUCGUUAAACUAGUAAGAUAUUAUUCACUGAAUUAUCUGAGGUCUCCUGAGAGUAUAAAAGAUCCUUUAAUAAGCUGUAAGCGUUCGGAUUUUAAUUAUUAUAAGAAUAACAAGGUUACAAAAUUUGAAGCGAUAAAAUUAGCUUCAAAAGGAUGGACACAUAAUAAAUCUAAAGGAGACUAUUUUAUUAUUCACCCUCAAUUGAAUAUAGAAGAGGAUACGAAACCUUUCCAUUUUCUUACGAAGAGCUUCCUAGCUGAUGCUCUUAGAAAGGAAAAAAUAUAUAGUGCUACUCCUUUCCAGGAAAAGGUAAUUGAUUAUCUUAAAACUGGAAAGCAUGCACUUGUUGCAGCUGAAACAGGUAGUGGAAAGACAAUCUCAUAUUUACUUCCCAUCAUAGAAAAAUUGAUUAAUAAUCCAGCAACUAAUGUAAACACACCAAAGGCACUUAUUUUAAUUCCAAACCGUGAAUUAGCUCUUCAAAUAGGAAAUGUAGCACAGAAGCUGUGUGAAGUUACAAAUUUAAAAAUCAAAACCAUUAUUGGAGGUAGAACUAAAAAAAUUAUGGUCAACCCUGAAUUCUCUGAAAUUGAUAUACUUAUUGGAACACCAGGGGUAAUUUCUAAAUUAAGUACUGUAGGAAUAAUUAAGUUAAAUGAUGUACAGCAUACAAUUAUAGAUGAAGCAGACACACUUUUAGAUGAUAGUUUUGAAGAAAGGGUGGCUGUAAUUUUAAAGAAGACUGUACAAAGUCAAAUAGUGUUGGUAUCUGCUACUAUUCCUAAAAACUUACCAGAGUACUUGAAACCUAUAGAGGCUGCGUUGACUCAGAUAAUCUCCCCAAAAGUGCACAUGCCAUUGUUUAACAUUAAGCAACACUUUUUACGCUUAUCAAAAACCUCCAAGCCAUCUGAACUGUUAAGUCAUGCAAAGAAAGCGAGUGCUCCAAUGAUAAUAUUUAGUAAUCGAAAUGAAACAUCCAAUUGGGUUGCAUUAUUUUUGAGAGAAAAUGGAUUAAAAUGCUCUAAUAUUAAUGGAGAUAUGAACUUCGCCAUUAGAAUACAGCAAUGGAAUCAAUUUCUUUCUGGUGAAAAUAAAAUCUUAUCAUCUACAGAUAUCUGUUCUAGAGGCCUAAAUACUGUACAAGUUAAACAUGUUAUAAAUUAUGAUUUUCCCCUCUAUGCUUCUGAUUAUAUUCAUAGGAUUGGAAGAAUUGGAAGAAUUGGCAGUCCAGCAAAUUGUAAAGUUACUAAUUUUAUUACAGGACCUAAGGAAGUACAAUUGGUUCAACAAAUUGAGAUUGCUAUUAGAACAGGCACCACUAUUCCAAAUGUGGAUGGAAAUAUUACAAAAAUUAUUCAAAGCAAGAUAAUGAGAGAAGAAAAUUAAUGAAUGAUUUAUUAAUACUUAAGUAGAAAAUAAAGUCAUUUUAUUAU